UUUAAAGAGGGGCGGCGUCGGCUGCUUGGCUCGGGUCCCCCGCUGGAUCCCCAUCGGGCUUCUGCGCGGCUCCCGCUUCGCUUUCCGGCUGCAGCAUCGCCUGUCCUCGCCAAGAGCUGGGAGUCGUUAGCCUUGGAGAUCAAUUAUGUUUGAAAUUAAGAAAAUCUGCUGUAUUGGUGCUGGUUACGUUGGUGGGCCAACAUGUAGUGUUAUUGCUCACAUGUGCCCCAAAAUUAAGGUCACUGUUGUUGAUGUCAAUGAAGCUAGAAUCAAUGCCUGGAAUUCUGACACACUUCCAAUUUAUGAGCCAGGACUUAAAGAGGUAGUAGAAUCUUGCAGAGGAAAGAAUCUCUUUUUCUCCACCAAUAUUGAUGAUGCUAUUAGAGAAGCUGAUCUUGUGUUUAUUUCUGUUAAUACCCCAACAAAGACGUACGGUAUGGGAAAAGGCCGUGCCGCAGACCUGAAAUAUAUUGAGGCUUGUGCAAGAAGGAUAGUACAAAACUCCAACGGUUAUAAAAUUGUGACUGAGAAAAGCACCGUUCCUGUCCGGGCUGCGGAGAGCAUUCGACGCAUAUUUGAUGCCAACACAAAACCUAAUUUAAAUUUGCAGGUUUUGUCCAAUCCGGAAUUCUUAGCGGAGGGCACGGCCGUCAAGGACCUCAAGAACCCAGACCGAGUAUUGAUUGGUGGAGAUGAGACACCCGAGGGCCAGAAAGCCGUCUAUGCUUUGAGUGCCGUCUAUGAGCAGUGGGUGCCCAAAGAGAAAAUCCUGACAACAAACACAUGGUCCUCGGAGCUUUCCAAACUGGCUGCUAAUGCUUUCCUUGCCCAGAGAAUUAGCAGCAUCAAUUCCAUCAGUGCCCUUUGUGAAGCCACGGGCGCUGAUGUUGAAGAGGUUGCCAGAGCGAUUGGGAUGGACCAAAGAAUUGGAAACAAAUUUCUGAAAGCCAGUGUCGGAUUCGGUGGGAGCUGUUUUCAAAAAGAUGUUCUGAAUUUGGUUUAUCUUUGCGAGGCUCUGAAUUUACCAGAAGUUGCUCGCUACUGGCAACAGGUAAUUGACAUGAAUGACUAUCAACGAAGAAGAUUUGCUUCUCGGAUCAUUGAUAGCUUGUUCAACACUGUCACCGAUAAGAAGAUUGCUAUUUUGGGGUUUGCAUUUAAAAAGGACACAGGAGAUACGAGAGAAUCCUCCAGCAUCUACAUCAGCAAAUAUUUAAUGGACGAAGGUGCCAGACUUUAUAUCUAUGAUCCCAAAGUGCUGAGAGAGCAAAUCAUUCUCGAUCUUUCUCACCCAGGUGUGUCAGAGGAUGACCAAGUAUCACGGCUGGUCACCAUUAGUAAGGAUCCCUACGAAGCGUGCGAUGAGGCCCACGCUCUUGUAAUUUGCACAGAGUGGGACAUGUUUAAGGAGCUGGAUUACGAGCGUAUUCACAAAAAAAUGUUGAAGCCAGCUUUUAUCUUUGAUGGCAGGAGAGUGCUGGAUGACCUUCAUAAUCAACUGCAAGUGAUUGGUUUCCAGAUUGAGACAAUUGGAAAGAAAAUAUCAGCCAAAAGAAUUCCCUUUGCUUCUUCCUGCGACAUACCAAAGUUCAGCUUGCAAGACCCUCCUCUUAAGAAGCCAAGAGUAUAGGCUUCAUUGGUAUAGAAAAGUUGGAAUAAGAGGGAAAAAAGAAGAAAAUAAUAGGCACCUAUGAGCCACAAUAAUGCAUUUAAAUUGUUUUUAUGUCAAUAGGGGAUUUAAAUACCUCCCAUCAAAAUCAGUGAGACCAUGCUCAGCUCUGGCUAAAUGAAGUUUAGUAUUUUUGCAUAGUUAAAAGGAUUUUAUAAGAACCAUACAGUAGCAUUGUAUCUGGGACAUUUUCAAUCCAGAUUCUGUUUUAUAAUGUCUAUUUUUCUAAUAUUGUAACUUCAAUCAAUGAAGUGAAACUAUACAGCCAUAAAGUUUUAAUAUUUUUAAGAGAACAGCCCAUCUGCUUCAAACUUCAAGACUAGGUUUUUGCAAGAUUCACAGACUUUCAGUUUUGAUGUUUUGGGUUAAAAUGAGAAGCAAGAACUUCCCUAUCCUAUUUGAUACUGUAGUCUAAAUUAUACCAUGUAACACUGUUCACAUUGGAAGUUUAAAUUAGACUGUUGUCAGGUACGAUCAGCCAUUUCAGUUAAGACAUACUUUUCCCCAUAAGAGUGAAGUCAAGACACGAAUGGAAUGAUAGUUGAGGGUAUUUUCAUAAAAAUAUGCUUAUUCCAGAGAGGGCCCAAGAUAGGAAAUCAAUGAUUCUGCUUUCUCUUCAGUUGCUGAUAUGUUGACCAUCAGUUUCCGAGUUUUCUAUGGAAGCCUACCUAGAAGCUGAUCGAACCACAAGGUUCCUAUUGUGGUUAAAAGCACUCUCGGGACUUUAAUUGUAGUUCCGUCCACGUAGGAAAUUGAUCUGAUCUCAAUAUGGUAUAUUAAGCUCUGGUUUACUGAACAAAUCAAAAUUGGUUGGGUUCAUACUACACACGAAGCCAAGACCAAACAAGCUAGAGUAUGGUUUAAGCGUGUUGUGUGAACUGGGACACAGAAUACCCAUAAAUAUCUUGGAAUGUGAACAUUUCCUCCUUUUGAAGCGACAUUAGUCCUACUGAUAUCCUUUCCCAUCUUUAUUACAAGAGGUAUUCCAGAGAUCUGAUUUUUUGCAGCUUGUUUCAUUCCACUUUGUGCCAGUGAACUACGCGUGGCACAUAAGAGCUAUAUAUAAUCGCAAAAAGGAGGUGUGUUUAUUUCUCCCUAUGAUUGUGUUAAGUAUGAAAUUGGAAUACCUGUCACUGCAGUGGGAUGGCGAUAAUUCUCACCCACGCGUGUACUGAAUGUAAUCAAAAUACAAGUCCACCUUUUCCUUUGAUCAGCUGCAAACGUCUCUCGCCGUUUUGUCAAAACUGCCUCAAAAUUAGCGUGUCAGUUUUUUUUUUUUUUUUUUUUUAAUGAUUCAGAGCCUCAUUGAUACCUUGCAUAAAGUAAGUCUUGCUAGUUGGGAAAAAGCUAACAUCGUAUGUGAGCUCGAAUCCAACAGUUUAACCUGACUGGCACAAAAUUCAGGUUUUCCUUUUCGAUAACUGAGUUAACAUUCAAGAAUGCUGUAGGAGCAGAAGUUCUGCACCUCCAAGAGAACAAAACCAAAUGCUAUGUAUUGAUCAGCUCACUACCUCAUUGUAAUGAGAAAGUAACUGUAUUAUGCUCAGUGACAUUAAGCCAAUGUAUAGUUCAUCUUUGUUACAGUGUUAAAAAGGCGGUUCUUAAUAGAUAAGAUCACAUUUUUCAGUAUAUUGCGUUUCAUAGCAUGAGAUCACCACCUCAAAAGACAGCAUAUUUCCUUCUCACCCCAAAAAGGAUUGGCUAAUAUAUUUGUUUGACAGCGUAUGUAUUUUUUUAAAGUUUUGAAUCGCAUCUUGUUACUAAAACUCUGAGAGGAUUCCAACUUUUUUUCCAAUGUUGUCAUUGCUUACAGUGCAGCGAUUCCCCUUAUGUAUGGCCAUCCUUUCCACUAGCCCAAAGAAAUACCUAAGAAAUAGAAAUCUAAGCAGUUAAUCCAGUGGAAAUCCUCACAAUCUCUUAUAAAGAAUGGUUUAAAAUGUAUGUAGAAAUAUAGGAUUAAAAGUGACGCAAAUGCCUUGUGGAACUGAAAGUAAAGAACUAGCCAUAAGCUCAUGUCCUACGGUUUUUGAAGUCUGGAGCUUAAUUCUGAACUCUACCAAAACUAACACUCUGCUCCAGGUAGUGAGAAAGGGCAGAAGUUUUGGGGCUAAAAGGUUUCCCAGACUUCCAGGGUAGAUAAUUAUCUAGAAUUAGAAGCAUGUCGUCUUUCCCAUUCUGUUCCAAUGAGACUUUCCAUUUGUGAAAAGUAAAUUCUGGAUCUGCUGUUACCUAGUUUCUCCCAAUGUUUUGACGGGCUUCAGCGUUCAGUCCUGUCUAGUAAAGUCUCUAUUUUUGGCAGGAUUCAUUUUUGUUUUCUCGUAUUGCACUGAACAUGAUGAACAGUUAUGGACCCUACAAUCAAGUUUUUCUCGGUAAUUCUGCUUUCUAUGUCUGAGAGUUUUUCCCCUCACACUUCCAGCAAUUAGGUUAUUGAGGGUGAGGGAUGACAUCAGAAUGCAGUAAUUGUCUCUAUAAAUACUUCCUGUCAGUCUGGAAAUGAGCUUGCUACGCCGUAGAUUUUUCUAAAUUCAUCCAUAGCAUGCCUCUCUGAAUUUCAGUCUAUUGCCAGCAUACUAUCAUUACUUUAUUCUAUCAACUGUCUGUUACUGUGUUGUGAAAAUCCCUUGAUCUUCUGUCUUAAAAUGUAACAAUACUAUAGUUGGUUCUAUCAGUCCCUUUGCCACAAAACUGCUGAUGGGAGUGAACUGUUCACAAUAUAGAGUCCAAAUAGCAUCAAAAUUUUCCCUGAAACAUGUAGCAUUGUGCUUCUUAGCCCAUCAAGAAUAUCAUUUACAAUGCAGGUGUAUUUCAUCCGAUUUAUGUUCAAAGAGAAAAUACGUUUGCUCUUUGCUUAGAACUUUCGUGGAAAAAAUGGUAUGACUGAGAGCUGUCUUAUUACUAGGAUUGUUCAGAACAAUUGAAAAGAUGUGUGUUGGGGUCCAGCAGAGCAUCCUUCCUCAAAAAAUGAUUACUGACGAGAUAGUUAAACGGUGCAUAUAAAUCUUUUGAUUCCCUAACAUGUACGUCUCAUGCUACUUCUGUUUUUCUUGAUACGUUCGAAAGCCAUUUAAUGUAUAACGAAUGACUUUUUGUACAACAUUAGGACAUGUAAGAGUCCAGGAACAAAUCAAAUAUUUUGUAGCAAGGUUUAAUUUUGAUAAAGCAACAAAAGCCCUCCAAACUGGUCAUUGGGUUUAAUCUGUGAUGUUGCCAUUUAAAACGUUACAAUUAAAGUAGUAGAAUUCUU